GACGAGCGAGCGAGUGACUGACUGACUUGCGAACCCAAGAGCAAGAUUCGUAAUAAUUUUAAUCAUUGCACUUUGGUGGAGUUUUUCUUUCCUGAAGUGAUAAAAUUUUGCCGACCAGAAACGAUUCAGUGGCUUUAUUUUUAGUGAAAAGUGUGCCGCCCGAAUCCAGGAAGCGGAACAAUUUGGAGGAUAUUGGAUUUUCGGCCGCAGAAACCAGACACGGGUCAGGAAAAUUCCAGUGCAAGAAGCAGAAACCGAGAUCCUCCCUUUUGCUGCUGCCACAGGCAGAAAGGAGCGUAAUCGACCUGAACCGAACGUGUAGGAGUGAGAGGGAAAGAAAACAAUCCACCAACACCCAAAGAAGGGAAGACAAGUGCGUUUGGUGACACAAAGGACGUUUCCUGGGAUUUCUCUGACGACGUCCUUGUUGAGACACCGAGUUCAGGUUCCGGGCACAAAAUGGCAAAGAAGACGUACGAUUUGCUGUUCAAGCUGCUGCUGAUCGGAGAUUCCGGCGUUGGCAAGACGUGCAUUCUGUUUCGUUUUUCCGACGAUGCAUUCACUUCCACCUUUAUCUCCACAAUCGGCAUCGACUUCAAGAUCAAAACCAUCGAACUGCGCGGCAAAAAGAUUAAGCUACAAAUCUGGGACACGGCCGGCCAGGAACGGUUCCACACGAUCACCACCUCCUACUACCGGGGUGCCAUGGGGAUAAUGUUGGUGUACGAUAUCACCAAUGAGAAAAGUUUCGACAACAUAGUCAAGUGGUUGCGGAAUAUAGACGAGCAUGCCAACGAAGACGUGGAAAAGAUGAUUCUGGGGAACAAAUGCGACAUGACAGAUAAACGCGUGGUCAGCAAAGAACGAGGAGAGAGCAUCGCCCGCGAGCACGACAUCCGCUUCAUGGAGACGUCCGCCAAGGCAAACGUCAACAUCGAGAAAGCAUUCCGCGAGCUGGCCGAAGCGAUCCUGGACAAAACCUCCGGCAAGGAGACGACCGACAAUCCGGACCGGGUGGUGGUCAACCGUGGCACCGGCGAUAAACCACCUGCCUACAAAGCCUGCUGUGCGUAGAUCGGUGGAAGAAGAGUGACCGAUGUGGAACCUUCUUCAUCUUUUUCUUUGCUGCUGGCUGCAAUUUGCUUAUGAUGAUAUACCCUACUACAACAAUCCAUACAACUAGGUACCGCUCUGGCACGCUUUCAUCAUCUGUGUGUUUGUGGGUAUAAUGUAGAGAAGAUUAUUUACCUUACGUUUUUAUAAACUCUAAAUUUUUACUUACUCAGCAAUUGCGUGGGAAAAAAUUGAACAAAUUCGUAAGAAUUUCGCAACAUUUUUUCGAAAUUCUUCGAGAUGAUACAACUUCUUCCGCACGGAAUUGCUGUAUUGCGAGUCAGGGGGUUCGGGGACAAAUACUUACACAAAAACGAAGUAGAGGGCAUAAAUUUAGUCUAGAAAUGGGAAAGUCAUAAGGCAAAAUCAGUGUGAAGCAUUCGGAGGUAGAACGUAAGCCCUUGAACCAUUAGUGUUACGUUUACUCUGAAGAGAAAGUUGAGUUUUUUUUGUCUGCGGUUACAUGCUGAUACGACACGUGAGAUUCUGUUCUUAUAAAUGAAGCGCAAGCAAAGGGGGGAGUGUACAUGAUGUUUUCUUUUAGGUUCGCAGUCAAAUUCUAAUUAUUUUUUCCAAUGUAGGAAAGCUUCUGUGUAGUAUUUUAGUUUGUACGCCGCUGAUGUAUGUGCACGAUCGCCAAUAAUGUAAACGAUGUUUUUUUUUUCUAACAGUCACCGGAUACUUCCAUUUUAGGGAAGCUUAUACUAACUGUAAACAAUUUAUCAGCGUUUGUUGUAUUUGUCGGAUUAGGAAAGCAAGAACGAAUUAAAUCUAUCAUUGGUCAGAUGCUAAAA